AUGAAUUCAAAAACUAAAACAGUCAACGCAUCACUGAAAGACGUGGACUCGUGGAUAAGCCAUCUAUACGACUGCAAACCACUUCCAGAACAAGACGUCAAGGUCAUGUGUGAGAAGGCCAAGGAGAUCUUAGGUCAAGAGUCCAAUGUCCAGGCGGUCAAGCUUCCAGUGACAGUGUGCGGAGAUAUCCACGGCCAGUUCUUUGACCUUCUAGAACUGUUCAAAGUUGGCGGCAAUGUGCCAGACACCAACUACCUGUUUAUGGGCGACUACGUAGACCGGGGAUUCCACUGCGUGGAGACUGUAUCUUUGCUGAUCGCCUUGAAGAUCCGCUACAGAGACAGAAUCACCAUCUUGCGAGGCAACCACGAGUGUAGAAUGAGCACCCAAGUCUACGGCUUCUACGACGAAUGUCUUCGCAAGUACGGCAACCCCAACGUGUGGAAGUAUUUCACCGAUCUGUUUGACUAUCUCCCUUUGACAGCAGUGAUAAACGACACGAUCUUCUGCCUGCACGGAGGGCUUUCACCUUCCAUCGACAGCCUCGACCACAUUCGCGUUUUGGACAGGAUCAAAGAAAUACCACACGAAGGUCCGGUUUGCGAUCUUCUAUGGUCUGACCCGGAAGACAGGGACGGUUGGGCACUGUCUCCUCGUGGGGCAGGAUUCAGCUUUGGGGGAGAUGUUUCAGAAGCUUUCAACCACACAAACGGACUAUCCUUGGUAGCUAGAGCACACCAGAUGGUCAUGGAUGGCUUCAACUGGUGCCACAAUAGAAACGUACUGACCGUGUUCAGUGCUCCUAAUUACUGUUACCGCAGUGGAAAUUACGCAGCUAUCAUGGAGUUGGAUGACACGGGAAAGACCAGAUUGACAGUCUUUGAGCAUGCAAAAGUUCAAGUACCUGGCAGUUCAACCAAAACUGUGCCGGACUAUUUUCUAUAG